AUGGCCUCCCAACUACACCAAGAGGCCAAGCCCUCUCUGCGACAGAGGGGCACCAAUGCUCUCAAGUGGACCAUCGGCUACAACGACACCGAAAUGAAGCGUCUCGGUGUCCCUGUCGUCAGCAGUCGUGACUGGCUUGCCAACAUCUUCAAUCAUCCCGGUUCCAAGGCUGCCGACUACUUUGACAGUCUCUUUCCCUUCCGCAAGUGGAUCGCCUCGUACAACACCCAGUGGCUCAUCGGCGAUGUCAUUGCCGGUAUCACUGUCGCCCUCGUCGUCGUUCCCCAAUCCAUGUCCUAUGCCAAGCUUGCCGGUCUCAAGCCUGAAUUCGGUCUUUACUCGUCGUUUGUUGGUGUCAUGGUCUACGCCAUUUUCGCCACCUCCAAGGAUGUCACCAUCGGUCCCGUCGCUGUCAUGUCGCUCCAAACUUUCAACGUCAUCCAACACGUCAUGAACAAGACCAACGCUUGGUCUGCCGAAGUUAUUGCCACCGCGCUUGCCUUUCUGUGCGGUGUCAUCUGUCUUGGUAUCGGUCUCCUUCGCAUCGGCUUCAUCAUCGAGUUCAUCCCCACCCCUGCCGUGGCUGGCUUCAUGACGGGUUCCGCCUUCCAGAUCGCCGCUGGUCAGGUGCCCAAGCUGCUCGGUCUCAGCAAAGUCAACACCAAUGGCAAUCCCGCUUACCAGAUUGUCAUCGACACGCUCAAGGCGCUCCCCCACACCAACAUCAACGCUGCCUUUGGUCUACCAGCCCUCUUCUUCCUCUACUUUGUCAAGUGGCUCUGCGGCUGGCUCCCCACCCGUUACCCACGCACCGCUCGUACCAUGUUCUUUGUCUCGGUGCUGCGUAACGCCUUUGUUAUCAUCGUCUUCACCGUCGCCUCGCGCAUUUGGUUGGGCCAUUACAAGAACCCGAAACAGUACCCCAUCAGCGUCCUCCUCACCGUUCCCCGUGGCUUCAAACACAUUGGUCAGCCCGUUCUGAACACCACCCUCCUCUCCGACCUUGCCCCUCAGCUGCCUGUCUCGGUGGUUGUGCUUCUUCUCGAGCACAUUGCCAUUGCAAAGUCUUUCGGUCGUCUCAACAACUACAAGAUCAACCCCAACCAGGAGCUCAUCGCCAUCGGUGUCACCAACCUUGUCGGCCCUUGCUUCGGUGCCUACGCUGCUACCGGUUCUUUCUCGCGUACCGCCAUCAAGUCCAAGUCUGGUGUGCGCACUCCCUUGGCUGGUUGGUUCACCGGUAUCCUCGUUCUCAUCGCCAUCUACGCGCUCAGCGGUACCUUCUACUGGAUUCCCAACGCUGUCCUUUCCGCCGUUAUUAUUCACGCCGUCACCGACUUGCUCGUGCCCUUCUCGGUCUCAUACAAGUUCUGGCUCAUUAGCCCCUUCGAGCUCAUCAUCUUCCUCGGCGCAGUCUUUGCCACCGUCUUCUCCAACACCGAGAACGGUGUCUAUGUCUCGGUAGCUGCCUCGUUGGCACUGCUCCUCAUCCGCAUCGCCCGCCCUCGCGGUCGAUGGCUCGGUCUUGUCCGCGUUCACCACGGCACCACCUCCCCUCACUCGUCCGCUGUCACACUCUCGCAUCGCGAUGUCUUUGUGCCUCUCGACGACAAGGACGGCCUGCGUGACCCCUCGAUUCACGUCGAGCCUCCCCCGCCCGGUGUGCUCAUCUACCGAUUCGAGGAGGCCUUCACCUACCCUAACGCAUCGCACCUUGCCGACCUCCUCAUCGACCGAGUCAAGGAGCAGACGCGUCCAGGCAAGCCUACCUCCAACAGUCGGCUCGGUGACCGUCCCUGGAACGAUCCUGGCGCGCCCAACCCGGCUCUUGUCAAGGCUUUCCGCGCGGCUACCUGCCGCGGACGCAAAAACGAUCUCAAUGACGCUGAUGUUGCCGCCCACGUCGUCGACAGGCGCCCUAUCCUUCGCGCCAUGAUCUUUGACUUUAGCUCGGUGAGCAAUGUCGACACAACUUCGGUGCAGACGCUCGUCGAUGUUCGCACUGCCGUCGAGCGAUAUGCCGAUGCCAAGGUAGAGUUCCACUUUGCCAACAUCCUUUCGCCUUGGAUCCGACGUGGUUUGCUCGCCGGUGGUUUCGGCCUCGGUUUCCCAUCCAAGCGUAUUACCGAGAUUGCGCCUGUCGUAUCGCAGCCUCAGAACAUCACGCUCUCGGCUGACGAGCUUCGCGCACGUGAACAGGCUGAGGCUGAACGCCGCGCCAAAGCCAUCGAGCGUAUGAGCCACAAAUCUGCCAACGAGGGUUCAGCAUACCCCUUCCAGGGGCGUCCUAACAAGCAGCUUACCGAGCUUGAAGCUGGUCUUGCUGGUGAUGGAGCUGUCGCCAGCCGGAGCCGCGUCGAUCUGCACGACGACGAUGACGAGACCGAUCAGAUCCGCAAGGUCACCAUCGGCGAGGCGUUGUACGAUGUGCACACGCUUGAUCAGCGCAACGGUGAAGCUUCGUCGUCGAACGAUAACACGCCUUCGCGCGAUAGUGUCGAGAAGAAUUUGGAGGAGGGCAACUACCCGGCUGGUCGACGACCAUCUGAGCCUGCCAGCAUUGGAAUUCCCUUCAUUUGGGGCAAUGAUCUGACACCCUUCUUCCACCUCGACCUCUCGGCCGCGCUCGCAGCUGCGACUGAAGGCCUGGGCGAGGAUUCACAGCUCAGCUCGAGCAUCGACAACAAGCUUUAG